AUGACAUCGAGUCUCCUGUAUAUACUACUUUUCAUAGCCGUUGCUAGAAGCAAAACAGGUUUUGUAGCGGCAGAGAGUGUGGAGAAUGUGACUGGAAAGAAUCGAAAUGUAGCUGAUUCAGAAAUGACAGGAACUAUAGCGCCAGACACAAAAGAAGCGGCGUCUUCUCGUGCGAAUAGUAUCGCAUCAAAUUUGGGUACAACUACAACACAUACUACCAAGACAAACCCGGUCUUGGACCAGAAAUUUAGGGAUGCAUCGAACUCUACAACGCACACAAUGGCAACACAGACAGAGUGGACAGAUGCGCCGAACGAAAAACCUACUGCGUCUAUUUCUGGAUUCAGCAUUAAUUCAAAUACGCAGGGUAUGACUUCACCGGAGUCUGCUUAUGAUUUAGGCAGCGAUUCAAGCAGUGAUUUGGGCAGUAAUUCAAGCAAUGACUAUACGAUGCAGUGGACGAAUAUGCCAACUGAUGUUCCUCCAAAUCGUUUUGGUUUGAAUACAGACGCACCAAUGCGGCCGGAAUCUAUAACAAAUGCGCGAUUGCCGACCAAAGUGUCAGAGGAGUCGACUGAAUUGUCAGACGAGCUGACGGACUUGUCAAAGGAGCCUGCGGCAGCAAAUGCUCCUACGACGACUUAUGGCUCGAGCAGUGAUUCGGGCAGUGAUUCAAGCAAUGACUAUACGAUGCAGUGGACGAAUAUGCCAACUGAUGUUCCUCCAAAUCGUUUUGGUUUGAAUACAGACGCACCAAUGCGGCCGGAAUCUAUAACAAAUGCGCGAUUGCCGACCAAAGUGUCAGAGGAGUCGACUGAAUUGUCAGACGAGCUGACGGACUUGUCAAAGGAGCCUGCGGCAGCAAAUGCUCCUACGACGACUUAUGGCUCGAGCAGUGAUUCGGGCAGUGAUUCGGGCAGUGAUUCAAGCAAUGACUAUACGAUGCAGUGGACGAAUUUGCCAACUGAAGUUCCUCCAAAUCGUUUUGGUUUGAAUACAGACGCACCAAUGCGGCCGGAAUCUAUAACAAAUGCGCGAUUGCCGACCAAAGUGUCAGAGGAGUCGACUGAAUUGUCAGACGAGCUGACGGACUUGUCAAAGGAGCCUGCGGCAGCAAAUGCUCCUACGACGACUUAUGGCUCGAGCAGUGAUUCGGGCAGUGAUUCGGGCAGUGAUUCAAGCAAUGACUAUACGAUGCAGUGGACGAAUAUGCCAACUGAAGUUCCUCCAAAUCGUUUUGGUUUGAAUACAGACGCACCAAUGCGGCCGGAAUCUAUAACAAAUGCGCGAUUGCCGACCAAAGUGUCAGAGGAGUCGACUGAAUUGUCAGACGAGCUGACGGACUUGUCAAAGGAGCCUGCGGCAGCAAAUGCUCCUACGACGACUUAUGGCUCGAGCAGUGAUUCGGGCAGUGAUUCGGGCAGUGAUUCAAGCAAUGACUAUACGAUGCAGUGGACGAAUUUGCCAACUGAUGUUCCUCCAAAUCGUUUUGGUUUGAAUACAGACGCACCAAUGCGGCCGGAAUCUAUAACAAAUGCGCGAUUGCCGACCAAAGUGUCAGAGGAGUCGACUGAAUUGUCAGACGAGCUGACGGACUUGUCAAAGGAGCCUGCGGCAGCAAAUGCUCCUACGACGACUUAUGGCUCGAGCAGUGAUUCGGGCAGUGAUUCGGGCAGUGAUUCAAGCAAUGACUAUACGAUGCAGUGGACGAAUAUGCCAACUGAUGUUUCUCCAAAUCGUUUUGGUUUGAAUACAGACGCACCAAUGCGGCCGGAAUCUAUAACAAAUGCGCGAUUGCCGACCAAAGUGUCAGAGGAGUCGACUGAAUUGUCAGACGAGCUGACGGACUUGUCAAAGGAGCCUGCGGCAGCAAAUGCUCCUACGACGACUUAUGGCUCGAGCAGUGAUUCGGGCAGUGAUUCGGGCAGUGAUUCAAGCAAUGACUAUACGAUGCAGUGGACGAAUUUGCCAACUGAUGUUUCUCCAAAUCGUUUUGGUUUGAAUACAGACGCACCAAUGCGGCCGGAAUCUAUAACAAAUGCGCGAUUGCCGACCAAAGUGUCAGAGGAGUCGACUGAAUUGUCAGACGAGCUGACGGACUUGUCAAAGGAGCCUGCGGCAGCAAAUGCUCCUACGACGACUUAUGGCUCGAGCAGUGAUUCGGGCAGUGAUUCGGGCAGUGAUUCAAGCAAUGACUAUACGAUGCAGUGGACGAAUAUGCCAACUGAUGUUUCUCCAAAUCGUUUUGGUUUGAAUACAGACGCACCAAUGCGGCCGGAAUCUAUAACAAAUGCGCGAUUGCCGACCAAAGUGUCAGAGGAGUCGACUGAAUUGUCAGACGAGCUGACGGACUUGUCAAAGGAGCCUGCGGCAGCAAAUGCUCCUACGACGACUUAUGGCUCGAGCAGUGAUUCGGGCAGUGAUUCGGGCAGUGAUUCAAGCAAUGACUAUACGAUGCAGUGGACGAAUAUGCCAACUGAUGUUUCUCCAAAUCGUUUUGGUUUGAAUACAGACGCACCAAUGCGGCCGGAAUCUAUAACAAAUGCGCGAUUGCCGACCAAAGUGUCAGAGGAGUCGACUGAAUUGUCAGACGAGCUGACGGACUUGUCAAAGGAGCCUGCGGCAGCAAAUGCUCCUACGACGACUUAUGGCUCGAGCAGUGAUUCGGGCAGUGAUUCGGGCAGUGAUUCAAGCAAUGACUAUACGAUGCAGUGGACGAAUUUGCCAACUGAAGUUCCUCCAAAUCGUUUUGGUUUGAAUACAGACGCACCAAUGCGGCCGGAAUCUAUAACAAAUGCGCGAUUGCCGACCAAAGUGUCAGAGGAGUCGACUGAAUUGUCAGACGAGCUGACGGACUUGUCAAAGGAGCCUGCGGCAGCAAAUGCUCCUACGACGACUUAUGGCUCGAGCAGUGAUUCGGGCAGUGAUUCGGGCAGUGAUUCAAGCAAUGACUAUACGAUGCAGUGGACGAAUAUGCCAACUGAUGUUCCUCCAAAUCGUUUUGGUUUGAAUACAGACGCACCAAUGCGGCCGGAAUCUAUAACAAAUGCGCGAUUGCCGACCAAAGUGUCAGAGGAGUCGACUGAAUUGUCAGACGAGCUGACGGACUUGUCAAAGGAGCCUGCGGCAGCAAAUGCUCCUACGACGACUUAUGGCUCGAGCAGUGAUUCGGGCAGUGAUUCGGGCAGUGAUUCAAGCAAUGACUAUACGAUGCAGUGGACGAAUAUGCCAACUGAUGUUUCUCCAAAUCGUUUUGGUUUGAAUACAGACGCACCAAUGCGGCCGGAAUCUAUAACAAAUGCGCGAUUGCCGACCAAAGUGUCAGAGGAGUCGACUGAAUUGUCAGACGAGCUGACGGACUUGUCAAAGGAGCCUGCGGCAGCAAAUGCUCCUACGACGACUUAUGGCUCGAGCAGUGAUUCGGGCAGUGAUUCGGGCAGUGAUUCAAGCAAUGACUAUACGAUGCAGUGGACGAAUAUGCCAACUGAUGUUCCUCCAAAUCGUUUUGGUUUGAAUACAGACGCACCAAUGCGGCCGGAAUCUAUAACAAAUGCGCGAUUGCCGACCAAAGUGUCAGAGGAGUCGACUGAAUUGUCAGACGAGCUGACGGACUUGUCAAAGGAGCCUGCGGCAGCAAAUGCUCCUACGACGACUUAUGGCUCGAGCAGUGAUUCGGGCAGUGAUUCGGGCAGUGAUUCAAGCAAUGACUAUACGAUGCAGUGGACGAAUAUGCCAACUGAUGUUUCUCCAAAUCGUUUUGGUUUGAAUACAGACGCACCAAUGCGGCCGGAAUCUAUAACAAAUGCGCGAUUGCCGACCAAAGUGUCAGAGGAGUCGACUGAAUUGUCAGACGAGCUGACGGACUUGUCAAAGGAGCCUGCGGCAGCAAAUGCUCCUACGACGACUUAUGGCUCGAGCAGUGAUUCGGGCAGUGAUUCGGGCAGUGAUUCAAGCAAUGACUAUACGAUGCAGUGGACGAAUUUGCCAACUGAUGUUCCUCCAAAUCGUUUUGGUUUGAAUACAGACGCACCAAUGCGGCCGGAAUCUAUAACAAAUGCGCGAUUGCCGACCAAAGUGUCAGAGGAGUCGACUGAAUUGUCAGACGAGCUGACGGACUUGUCAAAGGAGCCUGCGGCAGCAAAUGCUCCUACGACGACUUAUGGCUCGAGCAGUGAUUCGGGCAGUGAUUCAAGCAAUGACUAUACGAUGCAGUGGACGAAUAUGCCAACUGAUGUUUCUCCAAAUCGUUUUGGUUUGAAUACAGACGCACCAAUGCGGCCGGAAUCUAUAACAAAUGCGCGAUUGCCGACCAAAGUGUCAGAGGAGUCGACUGAAUUGUCAGACGAGCUGACGGACUUGUCAAAGGAGCCUGCGGCAGCAAAUGCUCCUACGACGACUUAUGGCUCGAGCAGUGAUUCGGGCAGUGAUUCGGGCAGUGAUUCAAGCAAUGACUAUACGAUGCAGUGGACGAAUUUGCCAACUGAUGUUUCUCCAAAUCGUUUUGGUUUGAAUACAGACGCACCAAUGCGGCCGGAAUCUAUAACAAAUGCGCGAUUGCCGACCAAAGUGUCAGAGGAGUCGACUGAAUUGUCAGACGAGCUGACGGACUUGUCAAAGGAGCCUGCGGCAGCAAAUGCUCCUACGACGACUUAUGGCUCGAGCAGUGAUUCGGGCAGUGAUUCGGGCAGUGAUUCAAGCAAUGACUAUACGAUGCAGUGGACGAAUAUGCCAACUGAUGUUUCUCCAAAUCGUUUUGGUUUGAAUACAGACGCACCAAUGCGGCCGGAAUCUAUAACAAAUGCGCGAUUGCCGACCAAAGUGUCAGAGGAGUCGACUGAAUUGUCAGACGAGCUGACGGACUUGUCAAAGGAGCCUGCGGCAGCAAAUGCUCCUACGACGACUUAUGGCUCGAGCAGUGAUUCGGGCAGUGAUUCAAGCAAUGACUAUACGAUGCAGUGGACGAAUUUGCCAACUGAAGUUCCUCCAAAUCGUUUUGGUUUGAAUACAGACGCACCAAUGCGGCCGGAAUCUAUAACAAAUGCGCGAUUGCCGACCAAAGUGUCAGAGGAGUCGACUGAAUUGUCAGACGAGCUGACGGACUUGUCAAAGGAGCCUGCGGCAGCAAAUGCUCCUACGACGACUUAUGGCUCGAGCAGUGAUUCGGGCAGUGAUUCGGGCAGUGAUUCAAGCAAUGACUAUACGAUGCAGUGGACGAAUAUGCCAACUGAUGUUUCUCCAAAUCGUUUUGGUUUGAAUACAGACGCACCAAUGCGGCCGGAAUCUAUAACAAAUGCGCGAUUGCCGACCAAAGUGUCAGAGGAGUCGACUGAAUUGUCAGACGAGCUGACGGACUUGUCAAAGGAGCCUGCGGCAGCAAAUGCUCCUACGACGACUUAUGGCUCGAGCAGUGAUUCGGGCAGUGAUUCGGGCAGUGAUUCAAGCAAUGACUAUACGAUGCAGUGGACGAAUAUGCCAACUGAUGUUUCUCCAAAUCGUUUUGGUUUGAAUACAGACGCACCAAUGCGGCCGGAAUCUAUAACAAAUGCGCGAUUGCCGACCAAAGUGUCAGAGGAGUCGACUGAAUUGUCAGACGAGCUGACGGACUUGUCAAAGGAGCCUGCGGCAGCAAAUGCUCCUACGACGACUUAUGGCUCGAGCAGUGAUUCGGGCAGUGAUUCAAGCAAUGACUAUACGACGCAGUGGACGAAUUUGCCAACUGAAGUUCCUCCAAAUCGUUUUGGUUUGAAUACAGACGCACCAAUGCGGCCGGAAUCUAUAACAAAUGCGCGAUUGCCGACCAAAGUGUCAGAGGAGUCGACUGAAUUGUCAGACGAGCUGACGGACUUGUCAAAGGAGCCUGCGGCAGCAAAUGCUCCUACGACGACUUAUGGCUCGAGCAGUGAUUCGGGCAGUGAUUCAAGCAAUGACUAUACGACGCAGUGGACGAAUAUGCCAACUGAAGUUCCUCCAAAUCGUUUUGGUUUGAAUACAGACGCACCAAUGCGGCCGGAAUCUAUAACAAAUGCGCGAUUGCCGACCAAAGUGUCAGAGGAGUCGACUGAAUUGUCAGACGAGCUGACGGACUUGUCAAAGGAGCCUGCGGCAGCAAAUGCUCCUACGACGACUUAUGGCUCGAGCAGUGAUUCGGGCAGUGAUUCGGGCAGUGAUUUAAGCAAUGACUAUACGAUGCAGUGGACGAAUUUGCCAACUGAAGUUCCUCCAAAUCGUUUUGGUUUGAAUACAGACGCACCAAUGCGGCCGGAAUCUAUAACAAAUGCGCGAUUGCCGACCAAAGUGUCAGAGGAGUCGACUGAAUUGUCAGACGAGCUGACGGACUUGUCAAAGGAGCCUGCGGCAGCAAAUGCUCCUACGACGACUUAUGGCUCGAGCAGUGAUUCGGGCAGUGAUUCGGGCAGUGAUUCAAGCAAUGACUAUACGAUGCAGUGGACGAAUAUGCCAACUGAAGUUCCUCCAAAUCGUUUCGGUUUGAAUUCGGAGCCUACUUUAGUGUCGACGCCGACACUGUGGAGCCCGCCUCCGGUGCAAAGGAAUUCUAAGAUGAAAAUGUUGUCACCUGCAGAAUUGUCUGGGUUGAGCAUUUCUGCAUCCCCUACAGGAUAUUCCUUUUCUGACAGCUCGUCGCAGUCGUCUGAAUCUUCAGAGGUGUCCUUGAAUGCUGAGGAGGAUGCUAUGACUAGUCCACCGCCAGUGAAAAAUAUCCCGCGAACGGAAACUAGACCGACGAUUACAGCUCCUCCGUCCAAAUCGAAGAGAAUGUCUGUCGUAGCCGAUCUUGAGGAUGACGACACGACAGCUUCAGCGUCAGCAGGUUCAAGUACGUCAGAUGCAUCGGAUACGAUUUAUAGCCUUCCGCCGUUGACUAGUGCGCAUAUGCAAAUUACCGCUCCGACGAAAUCAAGCCCGACAACAAAAUCUUCGGGCGCGAGUGCUGUGGCUGAGUCAUCGCCGUCGUUGGAGCCUACCGCACCUUCAGGCUCGUCACCAAACGAAUCAUCGUCAGAUGUCGAUCUACUGAGUCCUGCACCGGUGACAAGAGCCCCUGCGCUGACGAAGAACUCGGCCGAAACUUACGACGACGGCAAUGACGUUUUGCAAACGGUACAAACAUCAUUGGAAACGUCCUCAUCCAGGUCAGCGGUGCCUAGCCCGGCAUCAGUGAUUAGAUCGCCUAUGGUGAAGGGGGUCGAGACAGUCAAGAUGCAUACUGGUUUAGGGAGCAGCGAUGAUGAAGCCAACAAGAACACGAAUAAUAACGACGAUAUGAUUCUACUUGGUGACACAGGCUCUUUAAUCAUAUAUUCGGACGGAAGCAAGGUUUCAACAUUUGAGAAGUACGAUCGUGGUGAUGGCGUUCUGAAAGCUGGACAGGUUCUUAAAGAUGGAAUCAGUUCAUACAACAACAUCAUUGUUGGUGGAGGUAAUCGGUCAAAUUUACCGCCUGGUGCUGCGAUCUCACUGUCUUCUACGUCACAAAAGAUACACAACACGCUGCUCUAUGCUAGCUAUGCGCUCGGAGUCAUCUCCACAGUACUGCUGAUGUUCUUUCAUUUGUUGGCUCUCCAGCGCCCACCGUGGCUGAGUGGAUCUCCAGACAGCGGUGACCAGGGUGGAGGCAAUGGUCGUGCCAGCAUGGGUUGGCUUACUCCGAAUGUGUGGGAGUUUGCUGUAGUGGUGGGGUACAUUCAGCACGUUAACUCCAUUUCGAUGCUGGAGCUAACGAAGGCGCCGCAAAUCGUGCUGGAUUUUACAGACUCGUUCUCAUUUGCAAACCUUCACCUUUCGUCUGUGACAACUACUGCCGUUUCUGAAGCCUCACGCAGAUUGCAGCUGGUCAUCUUGACAGGAAUUGUUGCCUUUUCUGACCGUAUUGGCGUCGACGAGGAUAAAGCACUCAUAAACACUGUUUGGUUUUUUCUAGCGGCUUUAGCCAUCUUAGUUGUGCUCUUCAGCUUGGCUGCUGGAUUCACAUUUUACCACCAUGUGUCGGUAAAUACGUGGGCAAUGUUUUCGAAAGCUCUGCGCAGCAGCUUUGCCAUGUGCGUGGUGGGCCUAAGCGUGGCAAUGUGGGUAAUUAGCGUUUUUCCACUUGUGGCCAUGUCUUCAUACGAAUUGGUCAUGGAACUGCGCUAUCGAGUUGGGAUUGGUCUUGCUGUGGCAUUGUUCUCUUUGUGGGCCGUCGUCGCUGGAGGGCUGUGUUUUGCGUUUGUGAGCGUGCGAGCCAUUCCGAUGAGAGAUGCGUUUCAUUUCAAGCAUUUUACAGUGUGGGGAUCGCUCUACGGUGAUUCGAAGAUGGUCUUCCGUUACUUCUUCGUGGUGACGGUAGUUUUCCAAGCACUCCUUGGUGUGAUUACUGGCGCUGUGUCGGGUGUGCCAGCCCAACUAGUGUCGUUAAUGGUGACGCACCUGUUAUUUGUAGUCGUUGCGCUUAUCAUCCGUCCAUUUGCGGCUUGCUGGGUACUGGGCGUCGUCGUGAGUUUUCGCGUUGUCGCGAUUGCAAACUUGCUGUGCAGUUUCGCCUUCCUCACGUCAAGCGAACUGAGCAUUCACUCGCGUGGUAUUGUGGCACAGACUUUCGUGACCUUCAACGCAAUCGUGUUCAUUCUGCUCUUCGCGCGCUACGUUGCCAUGUUUGUGUUAGCACUGAAGCACUGGUCAGGCUACACUCGUCGUGAGAGUUUCGAUCUCUCACGCGAAAGCUACGAGCUAGAAGAGAGUCUUGCUAGCUUGCAUAAUGACGAAACCCCCAUGGUUUUGACGAACAAUGCGCGUGACCACCGGCGACUCAACGACGGUGGAAGCUUUAUUACUUCGGGUGCCGAGUUUGCGUCAUCUCAAAACCCAGAAUACUCAUCCGCGUAUUUUGAACAAUAUGCGACCACACCUGCGUACUGUUCUGGGCAGCGGUAUGUACCGACACCAGCCGGAUCGUCAGCACAUUUCUCGAAUUCAGGUACCCGUCGAUACUCACGUGGAGUUCCAAGUUAUUACUAA